AUGAAUGCACAGAAGGCACGCGUUGCAUGUAUGUCAAAUAAGUUUAAAAACAUAAGAGAAAUAGGAGAGGAUACGUAUCAAGUGAUGCUCAAAGAUAGAUUUUAUAGAUGUGAUACAUGUUUACAAGAGGCAUUUUUUACUUUAGAUAACGCAAAAUACUGGUAUUUGGUUUUCAUUUAUGAUUUUAUGUAUAAAUGCUUGGAUGUUAAUCGUUUUCAUUUCAUUGAAGGUGAUACUGAUUCAUCUUAUUGGGCAAUCGCUGGCGACCCAAAUCUUCCUAACACUCAAGCAUUUCAAGCAAUUGUUACCGAUAAACAAUUUUAUGAUAAAAACAUUUUCAAAUUCGCACCAUUUGAUUUCUUCUGUUUUGAUGAGAAAUUUAAACCUAAAUUAAAGAAUAAAGCUGAAGAAAAAGCACAUGAGAAGAAGUUAUUGGGUUUAGCAAUUGAGAAACAAGGUGAUAACAUGGUUGCUUUAUGCCCCAAGUGUUAUACAUCAUUCAACGGUUCAAUUGAUGGAAGUGAUUUUAAAAAGAUUGCACAAAAAAUGAAAGGUGUUAGUUUACGACAAAAUAAACAAUUAACACCUAAAAAUUAUUUGGAUAUAAUAAAUGAUAAAGUGAUAUUUGAUGGUCAGAAUAUUAAUUUACAACUUAAAAACGGGUCAAUGACUCGCUUAACAAUCGGUAAGACUGCAUUAACAGGAGCACACACUAAGGCUGUAUGUUGUGAAAAUGGAUGUUGUAUGCCAUUUAUUUAA